CCCUGCCCGCCCUUAUCUGCACUUCUUGCUCUGGGAGGAGGGGGUGGCCCCUGUCAUUGUCACAUGCUGCUCCCAACUUCUUGACAGCUGCAGGGCCACAGUGAUCAGACACCCAGGGUACCAGUAGCAUCACUCUCAGCCCCUUUCUCCCUAAAGUUGGCUCCAUCUCCAGCAGCCGCCUUGGAUCCCUCGGUUUACUGUGAGACUCCGGUGUACAACCCGGAUCUCUGCCCCAACAUGAUCGCGGCCCAGGCCAAGCUGGUUUAUCACCUGAACAAGUACUACAACGAGAAGUGCCAGGCCAGGAAGGCGGCCAUUGCCAAGACCAUCCGGGAGGUGUGCAAGGUGGUGUCGGAUGUGCUGAAGGAGGUGGAGGUGCAGGAGCCACGCUUUAUCAGCUCCCUUAAUGAGAUGGACAACCGGUACGAGGGCCUGGAGGUCAUCUCGCCUACCGAGUUCGAGGUGGUCCUCUACCUCAACCAAAUGGGGGUUUUCAACUUCGUGGAUGACGGUUCGCUGCCCGGCUGCGCGGUGCUGAAGCUGAGCGAUGGCAGAAAGCGAAGUAUGUCCCUCUGGGUGGAGUUCAUAACGGCCUCCGGUUACCUCUCAGCUCGAAAAAUCCGCUCCCGCUUUCAGACACUAGUGGCACAGGCCGUGGACAAGUGCAGCUACCGGGAUGUGGUGAAGAUGGUGGCGGACACCAGUGAGGUGAAGCUGCGUAUUAGGGACCGUUAUGUGGUGCAGAUCACCCCGGCCUUUAAGUGCACCGGCAUCUGGCCGCGGAGCGCAGCGCACUGGCCCCUGCCGCACAUCCCCUGGCCCGGACCUAACCGGGUGGCAGAGGUCAAGGCCGAGGGUUUCAAUCUGCUGUCUAAGGAGUGCCAUACCCUGGCCGGCAAGCAGAGCUCUGCAGAGAGCGACGCCUGGGUGCUGCAGUUUGCCGAGGCCGAGAACAGGCUGCAGCUGGGGGGCUGCAGGAAGAAGUGUCUGUCCGUGCUCAAAACCCUGCGGGACCGGCACCUGGAGCUGCCCGGGCAGCCGCUCAACAACUACCACAUGAAGACUCUGGUGUCCUACGAGUGCGAGAAGCACCCGAGGGAGUCGGACUGGGACGAGUCGUGUCUGGGCGACCGGCUGAAUGGCAUCUUGUUGCAGCUCAUCUCUUGCCUGCAGUGCCGCAGGUGCCCGCACUACUUCUUGCCCAACCUGGACCUUUUCCAGGGCAAACCCCACUCCGCCCUGGAGAACGCGGCCAAGCAGACGUGGAGGUUGGCACGGGAGAUCCUCACCAACCCCAAGAGCCUGGAGAAGCUUUAGCCGGGGACUUUAUCUGACAAACUCCUAUUCUCUAAUACACAAGAGAAGAGCUCACAUUGGAUACAACAUUCAUUACUCUGACUUUUUUUUAUUACAUUCAAUAAACCCAACAGGAGAUGGAAAUACAUUUAUAAAUCAAUGUAUUGUUCUUUAUGUUGUCCGUGCGUAAACGGGAGCGAUUGCAUUGGAUACAAAUAGAAUUCAGGUUUAUAUCCAAGAUUUGGAUUACUUCCUAUUUAAUACUCACAUUGAUUACCCUCAUCAGCCCACUGAUUGCAAAAACUGGAUUGCAACACUUGUAUUGCUCUCAUCACUUUACUGUUUGCAGAGGACAUUUUUGAAAUCUAUUAAAUGAUUUCAUUACCUUUAUUUAUAUUUGGAUUGUCUCAUCAGUAUUAUGGUCAACACCUUUUACCAACUAAACAAAAUUCUACUGUACAAUUUUUCUAUGUAUAAGAUAUUGUGAUCUCACGGUGUAUUUGCAUUUGUGGAUGUUGGUGUUCUGUGAUUUGGAGGGGGGAAAAUAUAAGUCAGAUGUCCAUUUUGGAUACUGCAGGACAUUUUCUGCUAUGAAGAUACAAUGUAAAAGGUAUCUUUUACCAUGGUACUUUCGUUAUUUGUCUUUGGAAGUGUCAGAACUUUGAAGUUUACAAUUUUUUUGGUUUCAAAAUGCUUGUACUAUUUCUAACAUUCCAUAAAUAUACUUGAAAUAUGUUAUUUAAAUAUAUUAAAAGGACAUUGGAAUUUUGCAUAUAUGAUGGCGCUUGGAUAUUUGAAUUAUAUAUUUGAAAAAUGCACUUGAAAUACACUGGAAAUAACUUUUGUGAAUUAGAUUUUAAACUGUUGCGAAUUUAAUUUAAUUUCAAACUAAUAAAUUACAAGAAAAAAUUAC